AUGCCACCAAGCCUGAAGGAUAAAGGCGGUCGGCUACUGGCCUUUGCCAAUGCUGGCAUAAAAAAUGAGCCUCAGUCACAAGUGGACAUCAAGUCAUCGAGCGUAGAGCCACUUCGCAAUGCUCCUACGCCUCCAGCUCCUUUGUCUCGCCCUGCUAGUUUUCCAAGAGAGAUCCAGGGGCUUGGUGGUAGAAAUACCGCGCCCCCGAGACAAAAUCACCCUUUCAGCCAACCACCGCCCCGUUCACCGCAGCUGUCAGUGGUAUCUUCUCCCAAUGGUCGUGGAAAACCCAACUCAAACGGUCGUCCAGAUCUUUUCUCUGGUUCACAACUUGAUGAUAAUUUCCUAGAGUCUGGCCUGACUACUCCAUAUAACGAGCCUGUUGAACCCGUUAAGCUUGGGCCCGAGUUAACUCACGAUCUCAAGAAGAACAUUCCACCACACCGAAUACCUGAUCGCAACCGAUUCCAACGUACGAUAAGUGAUUUAUUCACAGUUGGAGAUGAUCUUCGCAUGAACGUGAUCAGUCGUCCUCAACGACACAGUAUUGACCAAAUGGGCGAUGGUUUUCAGGACAAUGUGAAUGUUAGACAUGGAAAAGUCAACCCCCAUUAUGAUCAUGGUCGAGCUCGCAUCGAAUCGCCAGCAAGACCUGACUCUAGACUUCCUAUGCGUGAAGUGAGGAUUCGAAAAUCACACAGUGGCCGUACAGAAGCCUUUGAUGCGAAUCGGGUGAGGAGCCCAUCUCCCAAGCGUCAGCAGACGCCAUGGCAAAGUAACCACAGAAGCGAGAUCACACGACAGCCUGCCGUGCAGCAUGUGAAUGAUGAGGAUGUCUCCACAUCCUCACAAGAGGAGGAGCAUGCGACACCUAGGCCUAGGGCCGUCCAGCCGGUGAUCCAACGAACAGUGUUAGAGAGUGUACCAGCUGCUGUGGUUCCAGUCCCAAGAACGAAUCGCCCGGACAACAAACGGCGCCGCCCAGACCCAGAGUACAACGACUCUGCUUUGAGAUCUAUGUCAUUCAACACCCUUCAACAGCAACCUUUUGAUUUUGAUCCAUCAAAGGAUGAACAAAAGGGCACUGGGGUUAAUUCUGAAAACAUAGAAGCUAAGUUGGACCAGUUCCGUCAUGUUGAAGAGCAGGAACAACAUGACCUCUUUUCCAACAUGUCGAUCGAAAAUUGGGAAACGUCUGGGAACUGGUUUGUCAGUGAGUUUAGCGGUUUGAUGCAACGACUUAUGGAGUCGAGGAGACAUAAGCGCAAGAUCAUUCAGGAGUUUGAGCAGGAAGCGGCCGAUCGCGAGGAAGCCGUUCGUCUUAGAACAGAAGCCGUCGAUCGAAAGCUCUCCAGAAUGAAACAAGAUGGUCAACGAGUGGUGGAGGAUAAGACUUCAUGA